AUGUCUGAAAUCACAAAGACCAUUGCCUUUUUUGGAGCAACAGGCGGCUGCACAAACGCUUGUCUCGCUCAUCUCCUCAAAUCCGACACCAAUCUCCACGCCGUCGCCCUCGCUCGCACUCCCUCCAAACUCCUCACCCAACUCCACAACCAAGGAAUCACCCAAGAAACACUCGACACCCGUCUCCGCAUCAUCCAAGGCGACGCCACAGACACGGAAGCCGUGAAAUCAACCCUCGUACUCCAAGAUACAACGACAUCAGAGAAACGACAACUCAAACUCGUCAACACCAUCAUCGUGGGAAUUGGAGGUACACCAACCCUGCAAAAGAAAUCGCUCAUUCCACGCUUCACACUCGACAAUCCACACAUCACGGAGGAAUUCACACGAGCUCUCCUCCACGCCCUCAGUGAGGUGGUCCCAUUCGCCCCCGAGAGGCCAUUGCUAGGCGUUAUCUCGACGACGGGUCUCACGGCCGGGACGAACGCGCCUAGGGACGUCCCCUGCGUUUUCAAGCCGAUGUACAAUACCCUCCUUGCUGUUCCGCAUGAGGAUAAAGAGAAAAUGGAACGUAUGCUGGACGAGGAAUCCGCCGAUGUGCUCAGGGGGCUUGUGAUCGUCAGACCCAGUUUGUUGGUUGGCGAUCAAGACAUCACGACUGGCAAAGGGUGGAAGACGCUGAGGGUUGGUGUUGAAAAGGACCCGGCGGUUGGGUACACGAUUUCUAGGGCUGAUGUUGGAGAAUGGAUUUUUGAAGAGAUCGUCAAGGGAGGCGGUGGGAAGUGGAUUGGAGAGAAGGUGACUCUGACGAGCUGA